CGUCAAAAGUAAAAAAACAACUAAAAUAUUCAAUUUCUAAACAAGCUCUAAGUAAUAGUUCAGUUUGGUUUACUCCUAAACUGAACCAAUCCAAAUUAUGCUCAUCCCUAGCGUCUCUCAUGAAGUGUGUAUGCAGAAACAAUCGCCAGUAAUUUGGACAGAAGAACCAAAUUGAAACUAAAUUAAAUCAAAGUAAAAUUUGAGUCAAACUAUAGCAGUAAAAAGUGUAAUUUACCCAAGUUAAUAAUAUAUAUUGAUACACUUUUGUUUGUGUUUGUUUCAGUAUUAUGUUAUAGUUUACAUUUCCAAUUGAGAGCUGGCUAUUCUCUCAGUCAAUGUUGUCUAGUUUGCCUUUUUACUGUGAUAUGGUAUUUUGCCUGCCGUUUGGUGAUAAUGAUGUCAAAUUUGCAAACAUAUGACAUUCUUCCCCAUUUUUUGUUGUCGGGUGUUCCUACUUCAGCUCUUCACUUUUAGUUACUAGCAUUUGUGUUUCUUCAAUGAAUUCUAUGCCCAAUUGCCAUCCAUAGUCAUCGAUGAGUAUAAAUUGCUUUAAUUAACAUGACAAGAUUUGCACUUCCACUUGCAUGAUAAAGCUUAUAUGGCACCUUUGGUUCUGCCAAAUUUGCCUCAUGAAUUGAUCCAUCUUAAAUCAAUUAAUUCCAUUUUGUUUUUUCAAUUUGUAAAUGAGAUAGUUCAAAUUUGUGUAGCUGUUCAACGGAAUAACAUUGAAUCUUUCAAAUCUAUUUUAAAAUUAUUAUGUAUUCUAAUAGAAAUAACUGAAUUUAAAUACUCAUAAAGAGAGUAGGGCUUUGUCAACUUGUGCUGUUACAUGUUUUCAGCCAAACAAAUCUAAUUAUCUAACUUCUGUAGAUAUUCAAAUUAUAUUCUGGGGCCAAAUUCACAUUAUUGGGAUGACCAAACAGGCCCUUGCGGAUUUAUCUAAUUUUCUUAAAGCCGUUUGGGUUUUGUCCUAUAUUUUACUUGGGGAGAUGACAUCAAAUAAAAUCCAUUGGAGAACUGGAUUUAUGUAGCUGAUCCCAAGUAAUUAGGACAGGCUUGAGUUGUGUUAUGGCUUAACUCACCACCGUGCUGCAAUUUUUUAAAACAGUUGGAAUCAAUCAAGCCAAUAAAAAAGUAAAAACGCCCGUGUUUGGAGAUCAAUUACCCAUGAAGGCAAACCACUCUUUCGAUUACAAUCAAUGUGCACUCUUUCUUAAGUUAAGCAUGCAUCCAAAUUGUUUGAUCAUAUACCAAUAUUAUGCUGUGGUAGAGUAGCAUGAUAAUCUUGUUUCUACUCCCCUUCCUCUUUACGUAUACAUGUUUUCUGCACGUCUCCAAAAUGAUUUACUUGUUUUUUUCUUUGAUUCUUUUUUUUGUAACCCAUCUUUUCACCAGAUGGGAGAACUCAAGAAACUGGUUGAAGAGGGUAAAAUAAAGUACAUUGGUCUAUCUGAGGCCUCUCCUUCAACAAUCAGAAGAGCUCAUGCAGUUCAUCCAAUUACAGCAAUACAAUUGGAAUGGUCUUUAUGGACAAGAGAUGUGGAGGAAGAAAUAGUUCCUACUUGCAGAGAACUUGGCAUUGGGAUCGUUGCAUACAGUCCUUUAGGGAGAGGAUUUUUAUCAUCAGGUCCCAAGCUUGUUGAGAAUUUUGCAAAUAAAGACUUCCGACAGCAUCUACCAAGGUUCCAGCCGGAGAAUAUGGAGCAUAACAAAAAGAUGUUUGAGCAAGUUAAUGAAAUAGCAGAGAAGAAGGGGUGCACCCCAGGGCAGCUAGCAUUGGCAUGGGUUCAUCACCAAGGGAGUGACGUGUGUCCUAUUCCCGGCACCACCAAGAUUGCAAACUUGGAUCAGAACAUUGGAGCUUUGUCAGUAAAACUGACACCAGAAGAAAUGGCUGAACUUGAAUCCAUUGCAUCAGCUGAUGCAGUUAAGGGAGAUAGGUAUGGGGAGGGCCUGACUACUUGGAAGAAUUCAGACACCCCACCCUUGUCCUCAUGGACAUCUUAAGAAAUACAUCUUUCACUUGUGUUGGUUGUUCCUUUGGAGUUGUAAAAGAACUUGGUUUUGUGAUCCUCUGUUUUUGGAGUGUGUGUAAUCUGUAUUUGGUUUUUAUGUGAGACCAUGUUCAGGGUGAUGUGAGCAGGGAAGGGAACUUCAUUUUGUCCAUCACCAUUGGAGAUAUAAAUAAAAGGAGUUAAAAUUUCUGUGGUUAA